AUGGAAGAGAAAAAUGAACAAGCAAAACGUCAACGUCAAGAAGCAAUUGAAAAUAAUGAAUUAAAUAAAACACGUGAUCGUGUAACUGGUCAAAGUGUUGUUUUACCCCAUAUUCGUGCUGAACUUUUAUCAAAUCAAACAGAAGAUGAUGGAAAUAAAUGUAGUUCAAUCGAUGGAAAUUCAAUGGUUAUGAUGAAAUUCAUGGCUAAUGAUGAUAUUCAAAAGAAGAUUAAUGUGGCACCAAUUGAACACAAUCUUGAACAAUCAACAUCUUCAAAAACAAAUCAAAGCGAUGAUGAUGAUGAUAACGAUGGUAAACAUAAACUUCACUAG